GAGGGAGGAACUCCGACAACAGGAAAGUCAACCAGGAAACAGAAGCUGCUAAACUGACCUGCCGCCCCGGUGUGACGGUGUUAACGACAGGAGCAACACGGUUUAUUCAGCGAAGGAUUCGUAUUUGGGUGAAUAAGUUGAAACAAAGCAACGACAUGGCUUCCAUUUUUAAGAAGAAGACUGUCGAUGACAUUAUAAAGGAUCAGUCUAAGGAGCUUCGUUCAACUCAGAGACAGAUCACCAGAGACAGAACAGCGCUGGAAAGACAAGAGAAGCAAAUGGAGGCAGAAAUAAAGAAAAUGGCCAAGAGUGGUAACAGAGACGCGUGUAAGAUUCUUGCCAAGCAGCUGGUCCAACUGAGGAAGCAAAAGGGCCGCACAUACGCCGUCAGCUCCAAAGUCACUUCCAUGUCCACACAAACAAAGGUCAUGAACUCUCAAAUGAAGAUGGCAGGCGCCAUGUCCACCACAGCCAAGACCAUGAAAGCGGUGAACAAAAAGAUGGAUCCACAGAAGACCAUGAAGACCAUGCAGGACUUCCAGAAGGAGAACAUGAAAAUGGGCAUGACAGAGGAGAUGAUCAACGACACGCUAGAUGACAUCUUUGACGAGUCCGGGGAUGAAGAAGAAUCUGAAGACAUUGUCAACCAGGUUCUGGAUGAAAUUGGCAUUGAAAUCUCGGGAAAGAUGGUGAGAGCUCCAGCUGCAGGAAAGGGCGUCCCCAGUGCCGCCUCCUCCAAACAAGCCACCAUCUCUGACGAUGAGAUCGAGAGACAGCUCCGAGCUCUGGGAGUGGACUAAACGUCUUCUUUGUAUUAAUGUUCACAUUAUAAACCUGUGCAACAUUAAUACCGAUUGAUACAGACUCUUUGAGACACAUUGUCACUGCUCAGUUGCUACAGGCCUAACAAAGGCUGCACAUCAACACACAAACACAUGGAAACGUUUGAAGGCAUGCAGGUUAACAGACAUAAUAACAAAUUCAUAUUCAUACUUUUAUCUGCAGAUGGACUUACAUAUAAGGGCAAAACAUUUUGAUCUAUUUAUACGACAAUAUUUUAUUUUGGUGCUGAAGUGGCCACAGCCUGAAGGUGGAUAAAUAAUACCUGCUUUACCUGAAGAGGUCAGGACCACCUACACUGUUGCUCACCUUCAUCUCUCUCUCUAUAAGGGCUACACUAAUACAAGACCUCAGAGUUGGCCUCUUCCCAUCUGAUGUUUGGUCAAAAAGUAAAUGAAUCAUAUCAUCAGUCAGCUGUCAUGUGGCUGAAGAUGGAUGGUGUCUCUCUGAAAAGUUUUAAUGAGUAAAACAUGUUAAUGAAGUAGGGCUUAGGGGUUGUCAGAAACAAGAUGGAUCUUUGGUUGUUUUCUUUCUAACUACUUACCUGCUGUCAUGGACGCUACUGGUUCAUUUGAAGCCCAAUCUAAUUAACCGUCUCUGAAUCUAAUGAUCCUCUCCUUUAUGUGUAAGCUUUCAAUUUUCUUUGGGCAAAAUUUCCUUGGGCCGUUGGACGCAGGCUUCAUUUCCUUACCAAGCAAGUAAAGGGAAAAAAUAGGAGGUCAUCACACUUUUAACAUCUGUCACCACACAAGUGAAGCAUCAUACAUAUUGAUCGUCAUGUUUUUAAAAUCCUUAAGACUUGUUACCAUAAGGACUGGAGGGGAUGUAACUCUGGAAAAAACAUAUGCAUGGGAAAUAUUUAAGGGAUGUUGCUGGCUCCGCGCUCAGGCGAGGCCUUUUCGAUUAACUUCAAAUGAAUUCACGAGAUGCUCAGAUGGAUUGAUCGGAGGCGUUUAAUGUGCACCGCCGAUGCUUUGAUGCAGUUCAGCUUGUGCGAGAAAACCUAAUCAAACCCAAAUUAGGACUGAGGAGGGAGUUUUCAAAGAGUUCUGAAUCGAUUGUAACUACUGAGUAAUCAAAUGAGUUUUCUUUUCAUAGUUUGGUUGCUAACUGAUAUUAAUAUAGGAUGUGGGAUUUACAUCAUGAUUGUAGGAUGGCACUGUUCCUGCAGUCCCUUUUCGCUUUCAGCUGCUGUGCAGUUACUAUCAUUUGUAAUUUUUAAGCUGCCUCACUCACAUACUUGCAAAAACACUACAGAAACAACAUGAUUGAAGUGUUUACCAAAAAGACACUGUGAUUAAGGAGAUUCUGUGCAGAGAUUUGUUCAGUGUGACAGAAAGAUGAUGUUAAGUCUUUGUAUUUCUCUCUGUCUGGCCCUUUUGUUCACAUCUUUAUUCCCCCCUGCCACUCAAGUGGGAAUGUUUUAGUUCUUGCAUGACAUGAACAAUACACCAUUCUUAAUCAAUCCUUUCCUCCGACUUUCAGCAGUCUCUUGUGAAUGUGGGUGAAAACAAUGUUUUAACAGAUUUCGACAUUGAUUGAGUGCAGUUCCAUCGUUAAGCAAUGCCAAACGUUUUUAAAAAGGUGUAUGUGCACUCCUCUUUGUUUUCUUUCGUCAGUGUAAAGUGACUCUGUAAAGGGUGUAUGGCUUUUAUAUAAGGAAAUAAAGUUUCUUCAGGUACUAUUGGA